AUGACGGCCUUUAAGACACCGAUUGGCACCACGCCAUACCGAUUGCUCUAUGGUAAGACUUGUCAUUUACCGGUUGAACUAGAGCAUAAGGCUUAUUGGGCGUUGAGAAACUUGAACCUAGAUAUGAUGGAGGCCGGUGAACUUAGGAUGUUGCAACUUCAUAAGCUCGAUGAGCUUAGGUUGGGUGCAUAUGAGAACUCUAGGAUUUAUAAAGAGAAAACUAAAGUUUACCAUGACAAAAGGAUUCGUAGGAAAGAAUUUAAGGUUGGGGAAAAAGUUUUGUUGUUCUUGUCAAAGUUUAAAAUUAAACAGCCUAAGUUAACUUCUAGGUGGAUAGGACCUUUUGUGAUAAAGCAUGUUUAUCCGUCCGGCUAUGUUGAGCUGUUUAAAAGAAAUGGAGACGGUUCGUUCAUUGUUAAUGGCCAUAGGUUGAAGUUGUAUUUGGAAGAAGAUCAAGAGGAGGGGAUGGUUGAAGAAAUCCCCAUUUUUGAAUCCGAAACUUGA